UUUCUUCUUCUGUGGUUGGAAAUGCGGAUGUUUCACAACUGAGAACAGUUUGACUCAGACCUCCUUAUGUGUCUGAGUCCUCUGAGUUUAUUCAAGUAAUUAAUUUCUUUAAUCUCGACAAAAUGGUAAAUCUCGGUUUGACCAAAGUAGAUGACAAAGUGGCUGCUAAACAUCCGGGGUUAGAGCCCUACGCUGCCUGUCAGUCUCAUGCCUUCAUGAAGGGGUCUGGGACCUUCAUACUGGGUAUUGCAGGAUUAUUUGCCCUUCAGAAAGUUAUACAAAGGAAGCUCCCUUACCCUCUACAAUGGAAUCUCCUUGUUUCAAUACUGGGGUCAUCGUUGGGGAGUUAUGCAGUGACCCGCUGGGAAACGCAGAAAUGCUCUGACCUUUGGUUGUUGUUGGAGACCGGCAAAGUUCCAGACAGAUCACCAGCAAUGGUUCCUCAUCAACCAGAAGAAUCAAAAGGACCCCAGAAGACAAAAUACGGCGACAUAAUUGAGUGAAUCAUUUACCCAUGAUCAUUUUUUUUCCAGAACAGAGAGCUGUGUAUCACAAAGUGGAUUCUGCAUACUACUGGAUUUUUGUUUCUUGUGUCACACAGGUGCAAUUUCAUUUAUUUGGGUUUUAAAAAGUGUAUAAAUACACAAAGACUUUCUUAUUUUGACAGAAAGAAGAAGUUGCUUUAAUCACAGGUCAAUAAUUAUUUUUGUGUUUUUAAAAGGAAUUUGCUGGUGAGACUUUGGUUUUGUUAAAGAUUGUGUAUUUUUGUGUUUUGUAUAACAGAAUAUAAAUUGUACUGCCAAAAACAGCCACUGGAUGAUGCUGUACACUCUGUAAAUAUGUAUUUGGGGCACUUUCUGGGCUGUAGAAAACAAAUAAUGGACAAUUUUUGUUUUGAAAAAUAUAAGUACUGAAAUACAAUUUGACAAAAUGCCGAAUAGUUUAUAUAUAAGAGGAAAAACUAAAGCAAAUGUCUAUUUAAAUUGAGAAGUGUUGUUAGACAAGAUCUAUUACCCUUUCUUUAUUAUUGUAAGCACUUGUGGAUACUUUAUUAUUAAAUUGUAAACAAUUGAAGUUUUUUUCAUUUCUAUUGUCUAAUCUAACAAGAUUAUUAAAUUAUUAUAUAUUUUUUCAAUGUAGCAAAGAAAGACAAAGCAGCAUAAGUGUGCAAUAAACAGCUAUUGAUUUAUUUUUCCAUUACAAAGGAAUAUUUUGCAUGUUUCUUUUAGUUUGUCACUACAGGGCCUGUUUUGACCUUCAUUGGUUAUAAACUGAACUGAUGUGGGGAUGCUCAAUAUUAGCCUACAGUCAGAUUUGUCUUUGAUUGUUGUCACUUUCCCAUCAGGACAGCAGGUUUCUGUUAGCAAGAUUAAAGCAAAAAUCAAAUUGGUGUAUUUAUUGCUUUGUCAUUUUUUUGUUUUUUCAUCAAAAGAGUAAAAACCAGGAGAAAUAGGGCAAAAAACAUAAAAAAUGCCUCAGCUUACAAAAAAGAUUGGGAUUCAUGUGUAUAUCUGUGGGGGAUUAAGUUAGGAUCUUUCUCUGUCCUCUGCACACAUGAGCAAUUCACAAACCUCUUUGUAGAAUUCAUCAAAUGCAUGUUUUUUUUGUGAAAAAAAAGGCGUUGUACUUGUCUGUCAUUAUCAGUGCAAAAACACCCACAUGUUGGUGUUCCUGGCAAAAAGAAUGCGAGCAGCUUUCAGAUUAAAGUGCUCCAGUAUCAGCAUUUCAUAGGAAUACAUUGUGUGAAGUAGAUCAUCUGCUUAAAGAGCAACAGCAAAAUGACAGAUCCUGUACAGACAUUGUAUGUUUGAUAAGGCGGGAGGAAUAAAUGUCAAAUAUUCAAGCUUAACUGGAAUUUACAAAAAAAAAUAAUAAUAAACUAUAAUGAUCCAGUCAACACUCA